AAUUAUACACAAAUAACUUGUUUUGAUUUUCUGGUUUUGUUUGCUCCUGAGAUUUCAAUAAAGUCUAAACAUUCCGGUAUCAUAAUUAGAAAGCUUCGAAUUUAUUCAAAUAAAUCAAUUUUCGCUGGAAGAGUAAGAUGGCUCUUGCUGGGAUCAAUUUUGACCAAUGUAGCUUUUGCUCUGAUCCGUGCAACGAGGAGGUCCAUCAUGCACUGAUUCCCACUCACCUUGAAGAGCAGAAGUUAAAGACUAUAUUGGGAAAGUCAAGCAGUUUCACCUUACAGAUGAGCAGUUAUCCUACCUGUGAUCAAUGUCGCCAAAAGUUCAUCAUCGUUCACAACAUUCCCGAGGACUGCUUCCAGAUUUUGCACUGCGUCAAACCGACUGACAUCAAGAUAGAGCCAGAGUUUAUGAUUGAUGACCACGAGCUGUUGGAUAAUGACCACACUUUUGAGACAGACCCAAUAGCUGACAACAUAAGGUUACACACUAUUUCAGAAAAGAAAUCGUUUAAAUGUGAAAAGUGUGGAAAAACAUUUACCACAAAAUACGGAUUAAACAUGCACAUUCGAACUCAUACGGGUGAACGUCCCUAUUCUUGUUUACAUUGUUCAAAGGCGUUUAAGCAAUCUAUAGAGCUCAGACAGCACAUCCGGACUCAUACGGAUGAACGUCCAUAUUGUUGUCCAGAUUGUCUAAAAGCGUUUAGGAAUUCUGCCACUCUCCGAGAACACAUUUUUACUCAUACAGGUGAACGUCCCUUUUCCUGUCCACAUUGUCCGAAAGCGUUUAGACAACGUACAACUCUCUAUGAUCACAUUCGAAUUCAUACGGAUGAACGUCCCCAUUCUUGUCCACAUUGUUCGAAAACAUUCAGGCGACCUACAACGCUCAAACAGCACGUUCGAACUCACACUGAUGAACGUCCCUAUUCUUGUUCACAUUGUCCGAAAACGUACAGGAAUCGUAAAACGCUCAUUAUGCACAAUAAAAUUCAUGCGGAUCCAUUGGAGGCGAAUAUACAAAGAAACUGAUUUGAAUGCAUAACUGAAAAAAAGGCUUCGCGGACAAAGGUUUUAUGGAAGACCACAUACGGUUACACACGAGUAUGUGGUGUAUUUUUCUGUCCACACUGACUAAUAAUGUCUGGUGAUAAACCGUGCAAAUGUCAAAAGUGUGAAAAAAUGUUUGGCUCAAAAUACAAACUUAAGCAACACGUUUUGAUUGAUACAGGUGAACAUCUCUAUUCUUGCCCACUGUUACAAUGUUUCGGUGGGAAGAUAACCGUAGAAAAAAAACAUGAAAGUACCCGAUAAUAUCUCCUCAAAGCUGUAAAUUUAUUGGUUCAAGGCCAAUCAACAUGUCGCAGCAAUGUAGGAUAACAAAUUAUAGGCAAACACAAUUGGUCUCCCACAAAGAAUUUUAGAAUAACACAUUAAUUGUAAUUAGGUAAUUCAAUUUUUAAUCUAUAAGUAGGGUUUCCAAUCAUUAUUAAUAGUUAUUUUAUAACGAAAAUUCGACGUUGAUUGUUGCUUUCUUAUCACAAUUACAUCAAAACGGGGCAAAGGUGCGCAUUAGCCUUUUGACGUAGAACUACGUCUUUCAUUAAGGGUGUCAAAUCAGAAAACAGAUCACGUUUUUAUGAAAUAAUGUUAACGUUAAUAACUAUUUUUGCCGCGAACGGAUUUUGGCGAUUUACAUACUAAACGAAUCGGAAAUUCCGUAAGAUUUGUUUAAUAUGCCAUACAUUAGAAUCCCCUGGUUAGUAAAUGGUUAAAAUUCAUGAAAA